GAUAUGCUCAAGAACUUUCUUAUACGAAACUUGAACAUUUUGGCACCUCGCGUUGCUGAAUUAUAGUCUUUAUAUUGGAAAAUGUGUUGAGCUACCAAUAUGUUUUCUACCUGCUUGGCUAGUACGAUGGAGGACACUGAACCCAAUGCUGAGAGCUACCUAUGGUACAGUCUGUGCAUCCUUCAUGGCUCUUCAAAGAGGAGUGGCCAUCAAUUUGAGUGGAGGAUACCACCAUGCCUGUGGAAACCAAGGAGGUGGCUUCUGUAUUUACCCAGAUAUCAAAAUAGCAAUUAACCUUCUGAGGAAAUUCUGUGGAAUCAAGAAGGUCACGAUCAUCGAUCUAGAUGCUCAUAAGGAAACGGUCAUGAGAGGGACUUCUUAAACGAUGCUGAUAUCUACAUCAUUGAUUGUUUCAGACCAAAUAUCU